UUAGGUAAUUAUCAAGCAGCUGAUCCCGAAAGAAUACCAUCCAUGAAGCAUUUAAUUUUAACAUUGGCCUUAUUCGGGGCUACUGUGCUGGGUCAAGCCCCGUGCGAUCAGGCCUGUUGGGAUGCCUGCCCAGUCGACUCCCGUUGUCCUUCAAUCGACGGAGCCAAAGCCGUCCAUUACAAGCAUCCCACGAAUUGCAGCAGAUUCAUUUCCUGCCAUAGGGGACGCGGCUGUGAACGUGACUGUCCCGCUGGACUUCACUUCAAUGCGUAUGAAAUGGUUUGCGAUUGGCCAUCGUUGGCUUGCUGUGAUAGCUCCGUGGAAUGCUUGCCCGACGAUAUGGACAGGAACUGUGUCCAGCGGGUAGAAUGCUCGGCUGCUUCUACUAAUUCAAUAGUACUCUUGCCCCAUGCCAACUGUUCCCAGUUCUACAAGUGCGAUAAUGGUGAGGCCUGUCCCUACGACUGUCCAAAUGGGUUGCAUUUCAACAAAGAGGAACAGGCCUGUGAUUGGCCAUGGAGGGCAUGUUGCGACCCCAACGUAGAAUGCAAGACACCUUGUGAUAUCGCCACGUGUCCCCCAGAUGAUGAAAUAACUCCGGCACCGACCCCAGCACCGACUCCAGCACCGACUCCAGCGCCGACUCCUGCAUCGACACCCGCGCUUUGUACCGGUUCGUGCCCUGAUUUCAAUUGCAUCGUGAAUGCACUCUGUGCCGCCAACAUUGGAGUCACCAACAAGGCUAUCCUUCUACCCCACUACCAAUGCGACAAGUUCUACAAGUGCAAGGAAGGAACGAAUUUAGCUUGCGAAAUUGACUGUCCGCUUGGUCUGCACUUCAACGACAAGAAACUCGUGUGUGACUGGCCGUGGCUGGCAUGCUGCGACACUUCACUUGCCUGCGUCGAAUCGUGCAUCCCUGGUGUGACUUGUGCACCUUCGCUCUAGGACCCAACAAAGCCAGAUUCGACGAGUUUGUUGUAAUGUAAGAACAUCUUCUAAUUGCUGUGGUAUUAGUAUAAAUUAGUAUAGAAAAUUUAUGUUACAUAGCUGGUAAGUUGCAUCGAUUGAAUGUCACAUUGCUCCCAACA